UGACGCACUCACUGCGGAAAAGGGCGGUGAUUUUCCGCACCGAGGACUGUAUGGGUGCAUUAUAUGAAGGAAGCAGCGGCUCACAACCGUGACCGGCCGCCCUUCCUGAGUGACCCCCGGCCAUGGGACCGCGGAGCCGCGAGCGUCGGGCGGGAGCAGUGCAGAGUACCAACGACAGCAGCGCACUCAGCAAGAGUUCCCUGGCCGCGCGCGGGUACGUGCAAGACGCCUUUGCCGCGCUGCUAGUUCCGGGGGCGGUGCGCCGCGCGCCGCUCAUCCACCGAGGCUACUACGUGCGCGCACGCGCUGUGCGGCACUGCGUGCGCGCCUUUCUGGAGCGAACGUGCGCGCUCCCCGACGCACGUCGAUCCCAGAUCGUGUCCCUUGGCGCUGGCUCGGAUUCAUUGUAUUUUCGUCUCAAAACUGCGGGCCGCCUGACCCGGGCUGCCAUCUGGGAGGUGGAUUUUCCCGAGGUGGCGCAGCGCAAAGCCGAGAGGAUAGCGGAGACACCGGAACUGUGUGCAUUAACCAGGCCUUUCCAGAGGGGGGACCCCGAGUCUGCGCUGCACUUUGAGAGCUCCGACUACCGCAUCCUGGGCCUGGACCUGCGGCUCCUCCAGCGAUUAGACGAGACCCUGGCCGCCGCGGGCCUUGACGCAGCCUCGCCCACUCUGCUCCUGGCUGAGGCGGUGCUGACCUACCUCGAGCCGGAUAGUGCCGCGGACCUCAUAGCCUGGGCAGCCCAGCGUUUUCCUAAUGCCGUUUUCGUGAUCUACGAGCAGAUGAGGCCGCGAGACGCCUUUGGACAGUUCAUGCUUCAACAUUUUCGGCAGCUAAAUUCUCCCCUGCAUGGCCUGGACCGCUUUCCCGAUGUGGAGGCCCAGCGGCGCCGCUUCCUUCAAGCUGGUUGGACCUCUUGCAGUGCCAUAGACAUGAAUGAAUUCUAUCGCUGCUUUCUUUCCCCAGAAGAACGCUGGCGGGUAGAAAAUCUUGAACCCUUUGAUGAGUUUGAGGAGUGGCAUCUGAAGUGCGCCCACUAUUUCAUUCUGGCAGCUUCUAGGGGAAACAUUCUUUCUCAGACUCUGGUGUUUCCACCUUCUGAGGCGUUUCCUCAGGUAGAUCCUGCUUCCCCUUCAGGGGUCUUCCCAGCUAGUGUAGUCACUAGUGACAACCAGAGCCCAGACCUUAAAAGAUAUGGUCACGCCUCUGUCCUCUUGAGCCCUGGCAUUCUCAUUGCGGGAGGAUUUGGAGAGGAGAAUGGGCGGCACUGCCGAGUUAGUAAGUUUCACUUGCUCUCUAGAUACUGCGACUUUGAAUGGAAAGGCAGCCAAAUAUGCAGUUGGGAGAAUGGCACUCAGUGGGAUGGACGGCUUUAUCAUACCAUGACAAGACUUUCAGAUACUGAAGUUCUGGUUCUGGGAGGUAGACUGUCCCCAGUAAGUCCAGCCUUAGGAGCUCUUCAACUUCAUAUCAGCAAGAGUGAGAAUAAUAGCCCUGAGGACCUGAAGGUGAUAGUAACAAAGGCUAGCCCAAAAGAAGAUUCCACUUUGUCACGUUGGCGACAUUCAACAGCAGAAGUGUCCUAUGAGAAUAAAAAAUACUUGUUUGUAUACGGGGGUAGAAGCGUAGUGGAACCUGUACUAAGUGACUGGCAUUUUCUACAUGUAAGGACAAUGGCUUGGGUCAAGAUCCCAGUGGAGGGGGAAGCACCUGUAGCCAGGCAUUCCCACAGUGCCUGUAGUUGGCAAGGGGGAGCCCUUAUUGCUGGAGGUCUUGGAGCUUCUGAGGAGCCAUUGAACUCUGUACUCUUUCUGAGACCAAUCUCUUGUGGAUUCCUCUGGGAAUCAAUAGACAUCCAGCCUCCCAUUACCCCAAGGUAUUCCCACACAUCCCAUGUGCUCAAUGGAAAGCUUUUACUGGUUGGGGGCGUCUGGAUUCAUUCCUCUUCAGUUCCUGGUGUGACUGUUAUAGAUUUGACUACAGGACUCAGCUCUGAAUAUCAGAUUGACACAACAUGUGUGCCAUGGCCAUUAAUGUUACACAACCACACCAGCAUUCUUCUUCCUGAAGAGCAACAGCUCUUACUCCUUGGAGGUGGCGGGAACUGUUUUUCCUUUGGCACCUACUUCAACCCCCAAACAGUGAAAUUAGACCUUUCUUCCUUAAGUGCUAGGCAGUAAGAACUGGACUCAAUAUAUUCAGGAUCCACUAAAAAAAGACAAUAAAGAUUUCCACAAAUA